AUGUACACGGGAAAGAUAAUGAAGUUUUUAUGCAAUAAAUACGCUCUCUUUUGUUUCUUCAUGUGGUCUUUCGUUCUGCUGGUAUACUAUGCAGCCAACGAAUCUGCCAUUUUGCCUUUUGGCCACUCGUUUUCUAUAAUCAGUGCACAGUUUCACAACAGAAAUGAGACCGCCCAAGUGGCAGGUGGACAAACGGGUGAAGCAGUUGUCAAGUCGAGACAGGAAUGCAUACACCCACAACUGAAGGUCAAUGAUCCUGUUAUGAUGAAGCAUUUUAAGACCUACAAGCCAAUCAGCUGCCCCGGAAUCGCUCCUCCUGUCUGCCUUUUCAUACGUGUUUGUUCAUCCAGCUUUGUGUCUCUGUCUGUCUGUCAGUCUUUCCGCCGAUGCCCGUCCGUCCAUCCUCUGCUAUGUGUCUGUCAGUCCUCCUGUCUGUUAGUUUACUCUCUGAUUGUCUGUCUGUCUAUCUGUCGACGCGGGUUCAAAGGAGCAACAACGCUGGAUAAUUUCCCCUUCCUUUGGCACAAGAUGAAGAGCCUGGGCUACCUAACGUCGUGGUGCAAUGGUUCCCCACUGGCUGCACCUUUCAACUGGAGAAUGCUGGGGUUUUCAGAGAAGCCAACGGACUUCUAUUCCCGACCGUUUUACCUGUAUGUUCACGGCGAUAAAAAGCUACCUUCCCCGAAAAUCUGCCUAGGGUCAAGGACACAGAGCCAAGUGUGGCUCAAUUAUUUCAAGGAUAUUUUUCAGAUGUACAAAAAUAAGCGGAAGUUUCUCUUCCACUUCAUCACGGAGUUCAGCCAUGACGACAACAACCUGAUGUCUUUGAUGGACGAUGACAUCCAGAAACUGGUGGAGUUUCUCUACGAAGGCAACUACCUCAACAACACGCUAUUAAUUCUUAUGGGUGACCACGGAGCUCGCUACAGCUUCAUCCGCUCCACCUGGUCAGGAAAACUGGAGGAGCGGCUGCCAUAUUUCAGCUUUCUGUUUCCCGACUGGUUUGAGAAGAAAUAUCCAGAAGCCAUAAAAAAUCUUCGCACCAACACAAAACGUCUGACCACUCCGUUUGACCUGUACGAAACCUUUCAGGAUAUAAUCCACUAUAACGAGAGUGCUGAGACCAAUGUAUCCAAACGAGGGAUAAGUUUAUUCCAAGAGGUCCCGCUAGAGCGUUCUUGUGACCACGCAAGCAUCGCGCCUCAUUGGUGUGCCUGUUUAGCCUGGAAAAAUGUGUCCCUGGCCGAAAACAACACCAAACUGGCACUACAGUACACACUGGAUACUAUAAAUAACUACACUGCUAAAUAUAGGGAUGACUGUGCCCUCUUGUUUAUAGCCAAUGUUACUAUGGCAACAAAGAUGGAGACAAGACAGGAAGUACUGCAGUUUAAGCAGACUGACAGCAAUGGUGGAAUUUACAAAAUUGAUUUUUCAGCAAAAAAUAAAAACGAGUUGGAGCUCUAUCAACUGACUUUCCAAACCACCCCAGGGGGAGGUCACUUUGAGGUGACAGUUACCCAUGAUUUAGUGCACAAAAAGUUUUAUGUCAGUGAUAAAGAAAUCAGCAGAAUAAAUAAAUAUGGUAAUGACCCUGCAUGCAUUUUAGAAAAGAAUAAGCAAAUACGACAGUACUGUUACUGCAACAAUAACAUCAGAUAG